ACUAUUACUUUGACUAUAUUAAUUUGCUAUUUUAUAAAUUGUUCCUCAACCUUUUCGCAAUGAGUGGUGACACAGGCGAAUCUCAUGGCAAAGACGUCCAAUUACAACAAAUGAAAAAUACAUUUAUACAAAUCAACGUGGAAGGUAUUGAAGAAAUGAUCAAACUUUGGAAUGAAAUAUACGGACCAAUGAGUGUCUCCGACGAUCGCUUCACCAAACUCAUAGAUGACGUAAAAGCAUUCUGGGAACAACAGUUAGAAUGUCAAAAUGAAAGGAAAAAGAAUCUCUCAAAAAGUAUUGAAAAAGCUGGCAAAGAUGCGCUGAAACUGGAAAAGGCUUUAGGACUAGAGGCAGAAGUGCAAAAUUUAGCUUGUGACAAAGACGAUCCAUUGGUGGUCUUAGAAGAUAAGAUUUGGAAAAUCCUAACCACCUAUCAGGAAAUAAGAGAAAAACGCUUGGAAGAAUAUAAUCAUCUUCAGAAAAAGGAAAGAGAACUUUGUGUAAAAUUAAGUUUGAAACCCCAAAGAGAAGAAAGACUCUCGUUUAAAAAAGCUGCCAACUCUAAGCAAGAUGACAUUUUCAUUCCUGGAAUUGAUCAAAUAAAUACACUCAAGGAACGUAUUGAGUUGUUAGAAAAGCAAAAUGAGCAACUGAAAUAUGACUUUGAGACCUACAAAGAUAAACUACGAUUGCUAGUUGAACAGUGCAAAUUUAAGCCCAAUAAAGAGAUCGAACAAUAUUUCAGUUCUGAAAAAGAAGAUUAUCCUAUUACGACUAAACGUCUAAAUCAGCUUAUAGCUACUACAAACCGUUAUCAAAAAAUGCAAGAAGAAUUAGUACACGAGGCUGAUCACCUGCGGAAUGAGGUUGCUUCUUUGAGUAAGAAAAUGUUUCUAAAUACAGAUGAAAUUGAAACAUUUCUUAGCGAAAAUAAUGGAUUUGAUAACAAUACAAUUGAUAACUUAAAGAAAAAACUGAAAAAUUUAAAAGAUGACAGAAAGAAAAACCUGAAAGAUCUCAUAAUAAGCCAGCGUAAAGUUUUAAACGAUCUAUGGGAUAAGUGCUGCUAUUCGGAGGGAGACAGAGCACAAUUCAAGGCCUAUCAAUCCAACCACUGGAGUGAGGAAGUAUUAAGUUUUCAUGAAAUGGAAAUUGAGAAGCUACAGAGGUUUUACGAAGAAAACAAAAAAAUAUUCCAACUCUCAAGUAAAUAUGACGAGCUGUGGAUGAGAUUGCUACAUCUAGAGGAGUUGGCUUCGAAUAAAGAUCGUUUGUUCAACAAUCGAGGCGGCUGUUUGCUGAAGGAAGAAAAGGAACGAAGACUCAUACAGAAAAAAGUUCCAUCUAUAAAAACAGAGCUCACUACGCUAUUGAAUACGUACAAAAAUACAACGGGGAAAGAUUUUAUGCUUUUUGGGAAAUCUUUACAAAGUAAAAUUGAAGAAAAGGAAGAUGAGAGAGAAAAGACUAAAGAGACAGAAAGAUUAAUGAGGAAGACAGUCAAUAAAGAAAAUAUGUUUCUAGAAUCAAGGCUUGGAUUCAAGCAAUCUUUUUCAGACAAACGAAGGCUGUUGACCCCCCAACAUCCUAAUAACUACUCAAGAGUUAUGAAAACUGCCCAUUCAACUCCUCGAAUAUCCAGAUCAGCUUCUACAUUAUCUGGGUCUACAGUUGCAGAAAGUACUUGGACAAGGGUGUUGAGAGAAAACAAAUUAAAUGGAAACUCAUCAAUCACCUCUUUUCAAACAAAAUCUCACGAUAGCAAAGUAGCCCGAAGACUUCAAUGUGACACUCCCUGCACUGUGAUAAACAAAUUCUCAAACAACUCGCAAAACAGUUUAACUUACGAAUCGUUCAAAGAAAACAUUAAGUCCACCACAAAACACAAUCAAACUUUAGUUCAACCAAGAGUUUUGCGACCAAGAAACGUAAAUAAGGCAUGUAGUGAAAAGAAGACUUCUAGAUUCUGCACUCCCAUCACAAAGAUGCCUUUGAAAAGUUCAACCAGCUCCAAGAUUCCUCGUCCUACUACACCAAUUGUUCCUAACAUAGCUACUAGAACCACAAAUAGUAGAAGAAAACUUCCCAUCAUAUUUUAAAGAAUUAUCAGUUUUUUGUUUACUUUUCAUGUUCACUUUAAAGUUUCUCAUGUAUUUUCAUUCGUUUUUGCUUAUUUUAAACUCAUAAUUCAUGUGUUAUUAUAGUACGUUGUUCUUCAUAUUGUAAACUUACAUUUUUCAAGU